AUGGAGGUAGCGGCUCCUGAAGUGGAGUCCGACGUUGCUAACGACGACUUGCCGGAACGAAAGGUCGACGAGCCGGGAGAUGUUCUUGAGACUACAACUGAGAAGGCUAAAGAUACGAAGACCGAGAAGAUGGAGAACAUCUCUGAUGACCUUCCAGACAUGGAGCCCAAAGGAGCCGACUUCAGCCCCAUGACCGGACCCGCUCCGAAACCGGUGCUGCCCAAGAAGCCUAAACCUAGAUUCAAGAUUAGUGUAUACAAAAUCGACGCGAAAAAAGUUACUGCGACCUUCCGGAAGCCCACUUGUUCGGGCGCUGUUCCCGUGAAAGCUGGUGCUGUCAAAGCCGUCAGUGAUCCCGGCCCAGCGUUCGAAGAGCUCAAUGAAGAGGCCAGUGGAAAGUCUAGUCAAUCUGCCGAGGCAGCUAAGGCCGAGAAAGCGUUGGACGAGAAUCCAGCUAUGAAGGAGGCCGAGAAGAUAGCCAAGAACCCUGUGGAGGAAGACUCUGCUGUGAACGAGAUUUCAGCAUCUCAGGCCAUGAGGCUCCGAUCUGCUGCUGCGGCCCCACAAGGAGCGGAGGCGACUGCUACCGGAGAGCUCGAUAGACCAGUCGAGCUGAGCUCCGACCAGCCGUUGAGUACGGAAUACGAACCCAAUUACCAGAACAUCGAUAUAAGCGCUACAUGGGACAAGGAUAAGCCCGUCCUAGAGCCUCAAGGCGGUGACUUCGGCUCCCUCUCCAACUCGGUGAAUCAGCCUCGUGAGCUGAAACCAACCGAGCCGAAGUUCCACUCAUACAAACCCGAAUGGGACGAAAAACAAUUCCCUGUGAAAAUGGAUAAGAGUAAAUACGUUACAGGAAAACUGCCCGUACAGCAGAAAACAGAGGGCCUCUUCGACUCGCCAGAGAUUGAGGACCUUCGUGAGAACCUCCGAACCUCUGAUGAGACCCUCGUCAAGAGAGCCAAGGCUGAGCUUGGCUGCGAUCACGGGCAAUCCAUACAAGCGAUCAAGGAGGUCAGCGAGAAGCCCAUUAACCCUGAUGAUGCCAUCAAAGCUAUCGAUGCUUCUGCUAGUUUGGAACCGGAAGCACCUCCACCUGUCGAAGCUGAGAACGGCGUUGUUAUCCAGCAGAAAGCCCCUCGUACCAAUAAAGUACAGUUGGACAUAUCUCAUCGAUCCUCGGGUUCUGAGCUUUGGGAUGAGGUUGCACGUUUCGCCAAUAAGCUGCCCGAAGAGCCCACUCCGGUCGAGAACAAAGUGGGCGAUGUCGCUCAGGCAGCCAAGCUUACUGCGGCAGCUGCUGCUGAGAAGGGGUCUUUCCUGGUCGUUGGGAAGAAAGCUCAUGAGUCUGAAUCGACUAAGGCCUCUAAUAGCGGUUCCCCUUCAGCUAAGUCACGUAAGAAGAACUGCGAUCCCCGUGCCUACACUAAGGAUAAGCCUUAUCAGCCAUGCUACCAACCCGAUUGGGUCGAUCCUAAGAUGCCUGAGACGAAGCAUUAG